AUGGCAGCCGCGGCGUGCAGAGCUGCGUGGUGCGGUGCGCUCUGGAUGCGAUCGCUGGCCGCCCCAGUACGGAAUGGAGCUGUAAGUCAUCCUUGCCAUAAAUCCACUUACUCGGUUCUCCCCGAUGACUACAACUGCAAAGUGGAGCUUGCAGUGACACCAGAUUUGAAGACAAUCGUCUGUUACCACCCAUCGCUUGAGAUUCCGUAUGAGUGUACAAAACCCAUACCACGGCCAGAUCCAGUGAAUAAUAAAGAAGAAACCCAUGAUCAAGUAUUGAAAUCCAGACUGAAUGAAAAGGAGCUACAAAACAGGAAGGGUCCUACAAUUGAAGAGCUCAGCAAAAUGUUUUACACAACAAAGCAUCGCUGGUAUCCAGUGGGACAGUAUCACAGAAGACGCAAGAAUCCAAAUCCUCCUAAAGAAAGAUAAUUAAGAUAACUUUGUGUUCAUUGACACUGUGUUAUUAAUUUGUAUUGGAAAUAAAUCCAGAAAGU